CAGCUGAGUAGGCUGGCUCCAGCUCAGCAUGUAGCAAAGUAACAAGCUCAGCUGAUGCAAUGGUUUCCAGCUGGUGGCCUUGGAAAUCCUUUCAUAAAAAGACGAAAGAUCUUUUUCUUCUUCCUAAGGUGGCUUUAGAACUAGAAAUUGCCUACGGUCCCAGAGUCAGAAAGAUUUUCAUCUGUGAUGAUGGCAGACUUUACAGGGGAACACAUGUGGUUACAAACAGGACAUGAACUAAGCUUGAGGACACUACUAGAGGGUUCAGGUUAUCAAGAGGAACUGAAGUAUGAUUUUAAUGAAAAAGGGGAACUGAGGCAUCUGGAUACAAAUGAAUCCUUUGUUUUCAAUUACUACAAAAACAGCCACGAGAAGAAUCAUGAACGCUAUGAAGUUUUAGGACAUAUGAUUACCCAGUAUGUUUAUGAGCUCCUGGAAAGAGUCUGCACGCUGCAAAAAGUUUAUAUUCCUUCUGAUGCUGCGGAGGAUGAACCAAGAAGUUUCUUUUUUAUGAGUGAGAAAGCACUAACAAGUUCUUCUAGCAUAAUUGUCCUUCUUCAGGAUCAUGGAGUUUUUCGUGCUGGCCAGUGGGGGCAAAAGACAAUCAUCAGUGAGGGCCUGUACCAUGGAACACAAAUACCGUUCAUCAAAAUGGCCCUUCAAAGCCACGGGGGAGUGAUUGUACUGAAUCCCAAUGACAAUCUCAUUGACUUGAAGACUGAAAGGGAGAAGCUAAGCUAUUCUACCAGAGUAGAAUCAGUGACUUGUAUGCAUUCCUGCCAGUGGAUCCCCAAGCGGUGCACCAGUAGCCCUGAGGAGCAUACCAUGUAUGUAUGGGAUCAUUUCAUUUCUAAAAGUGCAGCCAAGAAUGUGGCUUUCAUUGCCCACGGCUAUGGUGGUUUGGUGUUCAUUGAUCUGCUCGUGCAGAGAAAAUGGGAAGUGAUGAAUAAAGUGUUUUCUGUGGCAUUCAUCGAUUCUAUGCACAAUAUACAGCAUCAGGUUAGAAAUGAUCCACAGAUACAAUGGUGGAUACAGAAACACUGCUGUGAAUGGGUAUCAAACAAUAAGCCUUUAGGUAAAGCUGUAGGCUCCCUUGUCAAAGUGAAUUGUCCAACCGUCUCUGCUGGAACUGAAAAGUAUAGCUUAGCACCUUCCUACUGCUUGCAUUCUGUCUUUAAGUACCUGAACAGCACCCUGAAAGCCAAGACCACCACAGCCUUUACACGUUCACCUAUUGCAACCCGAAGCAGCAAAAGUUGGUAAACAAAGGUAUACUGACUUGGGAUUGAUAGUAAUCUCUUCUUUUCAUAACCAUCCCUGCAGCUAAGAUCCUUCACUAUGGAGAGACUUACAGUUUUAAGUUUGAAGACACUUUGUUUUUGAGAAACACAAAAAUAGAAGUUAACCAUGAGGAAAGAAAAUGCCUUCUUGAAAGCUUUAGUCAUAUCCCUUCAGCAAGCUGUGAAAUUUAAAGCUGCACAAAAUAAAGAUGUUAAUGUAUAU